UGGCAUACACAGGGCGGCGGCGAGAGCGCGCAGUGCCGGGGCUAGAGCGGCGCGCCCCCUUCUCCCCUCCCCGCCUUGCCGCUAUCCCGCGCCCGGAACCUUGGGCGCGCGGAACCUCGGUGCCGGAGCGCGGGCGCGGCGCACUCGGAGCGGGAUGGAACGGGCGCGCGGGCCGCGGGCCGAGGCCGACGCUCCUGAGGAGGAGCAGGAGGCGGGGGCGGCCAUGGCUGCUGUGGUGGUGGCGGCUGCGGGUGGCGCGGGACCGGCGGUCCUGCAGGUGGCCGGUCUCUACCGGGGCCUGUGCGCGGUGCGCAGCCGCGCCCUCGGCCUGGGGCUCGUGUCACCCGCGCAGCUGCGCGUGUUCCCAGUGCGCCGCGGCUCGGGCCGGCCCGAGGGGGGCGCCGACGGCAGCGGGGUCGGGGCCGAGGCCGAGCUCCAGGCCAACCCUUUCUACGACCGCUACCGCGACAAGAUCCAGCAGCUGCGCAGGUCAGACCCAGCUGCUUUUGAGUCCCGCCUGGAGAAACGCAGUGAAUUUCGGAAGCAGCCAGUGGGGCAUUCCAGGCAAGGUGAUUUUAUCAAAUGUGUGGAACAGAAGACAGAUGCCUUGGGGAAACAGUCUGUGAACAGAGGAUUCACUAAGGACAAGACUCUCAGUUCAAUCUUUAACAUUGAGAUGGUAAAAGAAAAAACUGCAGAAGAAAUAAAACAGAUUUGGCAGCAAUAUUUUGCAGCAAAAGAUACAGUCUACGCAGUUAUUCCUGCAGAAAAGUUUGAUUUGAUCUGGAACCGGGCUCAGUCCUGUCCAACAUUUCUAUGUGCUCUGCCAAGAAGGGAAGGUUAUGAGUUUUUUGUAGGACAAUGGACAGGUACUGAACUCCACUUCACUGCACUUAUAAAUAUUCAGACCCGAGGAGAAGCUGCAGCCAGCCAGCUGAUUUUAUAUCACUAUCCUGAACUUAAGGAAGAAAAGGGCAUAGUGCUGAUGACUGCAGAAAUGGAUUCCACAUUUCUGGUAAUUCUGAAACUCAACCUGAUUUGGGAACCCCUGCAAUAAGUUUUUACUUUUACUUUGCACCUAAGGAAAAAGGCUCCAAACCAGCUGAGAAUUUCCCUGGCUCAUGACCCCUGGAAACAAAUGAUGGAUUAUCUGUUGCGCUGGAUUAUCUGUGCCUGGCCCCUGCAGCUGCAUAGAGAAUUGUGUGUUGCCUGCACAGGCUGAAGCUCUCCAUCCAUCCUGCGUGCAUUUUGUACUCACCUGUGGUAAGUGAGCAGAGGGGGAUGAUAUAUGGAAAGCCAGGCAGGCAGCAGUGGCAGGGGAGGGGGGUUGAGGGAUAUGAGGCAUUGAUGGGAACUCAGCUACAGAGCUCAGUUAGGAAACUCACACCCCAUUGGAGCUGGGAUUGAUUGCUGGAACUUUCUCACCCUUCUCAGUUUGUCUCAGAGCCAGCAGCCUGCACUGUGUCCUCUGGGCACCCCCGUGGAGAGGGAAUUGCUCUCAAGGUCAGGGAAGCUCGGGUCUCUCAGUGAUGGUCUACCUCAUGCCCUCUUCCCAGAGGCAGGCAACUCUGCACUCUAGAAGCCGAGUGACCUUCAGACAGCCUUCUGUUUCCUAAACCCCUUUCUUCUCUCUGUACUUGGCCUCCUUCUUAUCUCUUUUUCAACCCUCAGCUCACACUAAGUGACUUCCUCCCUUGGGUGCUAUCUGUAGAAUGUGUGGAAUAUGACCUGCCCCAGCAGAUUUUGCAAGGGUAUCAAAAGAGUGAGUGAAGUCUAAGGUGGUGUCAAGGUUACUGAGGAUGGUCGAUGUACUUAAUGCUGCCAAUUGCUUUAACAUGGAUCCAGGCACAGAUGUCUUCAUUAUAAUCUACUUUCCCAGGAGAGCAUUUUUUAGAAAGUUUCUAGCCCCAGUUCAAACUGACUUGUUCUUUGCCUAACUUACUAACAGUAUAUUUGCUAAGUGCUCAGGCAGUGUCAGGCAGAAGGAUAGACCCUGGGACUGGAGCUAGGAGUCCUGUUUUUGAGUCUCAGCUCUGCUUGCUUGCUUGCUUGCUUGCUUGCUUGCUUUUUAAAGACAAAAGUCUUGUUCUGUCACCUAGGCUAGAGUGCCAUG